AUAGUGCUCAUGUGAGAAGCAACAACAACACCAACAACUGACGAGUUGUACCACUCUAUCCACUCUAUUUCAGGGCCACCAUCGUGCCGGGAAAAAACUUCUGAGUUUGCCGGAAGACGACCAUGAAAACAUGGAAGACCCUGUUCAAUGCUCGACUUCUGUUCGUGACUACUUGCGCGUUGGCUGCCCAAGAAGAUCUCCGAGUUGCCCUGCCCAUCUCUAGAGUGGAGAUCGACGGUGGCUUUCAGGGUAAACCAGACAACGAGCAGGCUCACAGCUACAGAUCCCAUGAACGAGCCCCGCACACGGCCUCCGGUGAUGGACUACACAAGGCGACGGUGGGGAUGCCAGCAUCCUUUACGAUUCAGUUGGUGGGAGACAACCUUGGCGAUUUCCACGUUUUGCUGCCUAAUUGGGAGCGAAUCCGAAGCAGAAGGUUCAUCUACGUGUGGAUCGCCAAUGAGGACCAGAUCUUGACCGCCGAGGUAGUUGACGGCGGCCGCAAGGACGGCACUCUGACUGCCACGUACAAGAGCGAUUUCCCCGGGAAUUAUUCGGUGCACAUCGAAGAAGUCCAGCUUUCCAAAAAGGGCGAGGGCGUUCCAAUCUUGGGCAGCCCAUUCUCACUCACGAUUGCAGGCGAUGCGCCCACGCUGAACGUCAACUCCCUUCCAGUUUGUAGCUCCGACGAAGAUGCCAACACCGACAUCGCGGAUACGUUUUGGAGACCUGGGACGUGGCUUUCCUCGAACGUGGCCAGUGCGGCGCAUGGAGUUAUGAGAAACGGGUGGGUGUUUCAGCCCAAAUCUUGUGUUUUCGACACAUUUUCUUACGAGGAUCUUAUGCUCCUUGCCAGCAUCGGUGGCGAGCCCACGUGGCUUCUAGUGUUGGGUGGAUCAGUCGAAAGAGGCGUGUUUCUGACCCUGAUCGACAUGGUGUUAGCGGCAGGGCAAAAGCAAGGCAUCCGCUCCAGUGUACUUAAUAAAUGCUGGGGAUACGCGGACGUCCGGGUUGGAAACCUCCGCCUGACGUAUCAGGAUAUGCGACUGUUUCGAUUCACCAUCAGUACCGAUUCGGUGGCCUGCAACAACGAAAAACUCACGAGCGAGAGCACGUCAGCCUUGGUACACUCCGCCGGGCAGUUCCUGGCGUCGACCGUUUUUCAAGAUGGUGGCCAGUGGCCGACGAUGAUGAUGGCUGCGUCUCGUUUGAUCCCAACCAGGGCGGAACAUACCCAAUUCUCGGUUGAGGUACUCAUGGAUGCCAUGCCGCCUAGCUGGGAAGGAAAACUCUUUUUUGUGGAUCACAUGGCUGGAUUGGGAAACUACUGGACUGAAGAGAACCCAACUAUGACCGCUCUGAAGAACGUCGGGAUAUGGUUUGACCGCAUGUCGCCAGACGACGACAAUGGACUGGGCAAAAUGGACGGAUACCAAACCCGAGACCCUCGGGUGUCGUUCAUGAGCGUCUUUCCUAUGUACCAGGCGAAACUCUUUGAAAACGAAGGAUCGAGAAACGGAAUUCGACGGUUCGCAGGCAGCCAACACUUUCACUAUAUCUCCAAAGAAACGUCCGCCCCCGAAACGCGCAACGGGACAAUCAUGGUGCACUCCACGAUAACAGAAAUGCUGGCUAACGUCAUCCUCGGCCGGGCCGUAGAAACAAAGGCAAGCCUUCAUGCGAAGGCCGCUGCAUCAAAGGACGAAAUACAAAAACUGAGCUCCGAGGUCGGGAAGUCGUUCCAGGUGUGCUGGGAUUGCCCUGGCACUCUUCUGCCGUUCCACGUCAAACCUAUCCCUGAACCUGUUUGCGAGAUCCUCGAGUCCCUGCCUGGAGGCGCCAAGAUGGGAGACGUGUGGAGCGGAAGCCUGUGCCCCGAUUGGUGCAUGAAGCAGGAACCUGUGUCUCAGAAAAAUACCCAAUCAGACGUCGUCGACGUCCGAAUGUGUAGCGCCAGGACUCACCAGCCGUGAUGAGAUCGGUUCAUGGUGGUUGGCCAGAGAAUGGCCAAAACCUUUAUCCGAGAGUCGCACGGAGCAACACCCGGACAACCGGAACCAAAUAUGUAAACCUACCUGGGCGAACCAUUCCCCCGCGCGCCCCGUGGAGGGGGAUCACUCACCUCGAUUUGACAAAGUGAAUUUAGAGCCCUGAAUCUGAUUCGGACAUGAACGAACGAUAGCGAUGAAAAAAACGAAAGAAGCGGGGAAUAGCUCAGGAUCCCACUGUUAAUGCUUCCAUGGAAUGUUGGACAAGUCCAUGGAAGCCUGAGUUUUGGCCAUAGAAGCUAGCACAUCCAUGGAAGGUCGUCCCUUGACGUUGUCCCAUGGAAGUACAACAACUUGCAUGAAUUCGUCGUAAUAUUGAGACUUGCAUGAAGCAUUCGGUUUUCAUGACAGUUGAAGCUUGCAGGGUUUCAUAUGGGCGAUGCAUCCAUUGUAUCUCGUAGGCGUCUCGUCCGUCGAAGUCUCGUUUCCAGCUUCUAUAUACGUCGGACUCGACCAGAUUCAAGGGAAGCUGCAGCAUCAUGCCAAAUACAUAUUUACAGGAUGUCAUCGCCGAGUGACAUCAGACUUAAUGGUAGAGUGCACCAAAAGGGGGUCGUUUUUGUCCUUCUCAGGUCACACGUUGCGACGCGAUGCCAAGCGUUGUGGCCACCACAUGUCUGACGAAGUUUGGCGCUGCUCUCACGUGUACUGAAGCUUUACAUGCUGUCGUCACACCCUGCUAUGAGUACACUAGUCGAAGGUGCACGUAUGGUUUGUCGUUGUUGCAAACUCGCGCUGGCUGCUGCCCACGGUGGUCAUGACGAAAUACCUCACCACAACGAAAGUAUGUCACCUCGCAGAAACUGCAAAUAAAUGCAAUUUUUGUCAAAUACAAGUAAAAUAAUGUCCAAAGCAUGUAACCACGAAGGGGUUACGUGGAUGAGAACAGAUAAUCUGCACCAAAGGCUUUGAGAGAGCGCCCACUCGUGACAAGCCUCCCCAACCCUAACGAGGAAGCGUGCAGCACGAAAAACAGUAGACUACCAUGCAGCUGAGCGCGACUCAGCUGGCCGCGGCCGCGCCGGCCCCUGUGGGGAAGACCGUUGAAGAGUUGGUGUGUUUCGACACGAGCUCGGCCAUUGGGGCCCUCCCGACUCUGGCACUCGCGCGAGUCUGCACCAGCGAGGGCGCUUCUCUGAAAGGGAAGGACAAGACCGCUCUGUUCACCAUGAUGCUGCCAUUGGUGCUGGCGCUGGGGCAGGGUACACAGGAGACGAUGGAGGGUUUCCUGCGCGGCGCGGAGAACUAGGAGCACGGAUCGACAGGCGCGAUAGCGGCCAGGAAAGCUUUCGGAGCGCGGGCAUUCAUGGGAGAGGUGCUCGAGGUGCUGCGGGAUUUUGUCGAAGAUACGGACACACACGUAGUCCUGUCGGCUCUGCCAUCGUCGGGCAAAGCUCCCGCUCGCGAGUCCGGGGCGGCUCCGCCGGCCCCAACUCCGGAGGCGGCGGCAGCUCCCGCGGCGGCGGCGGCUGCCGUCCCAGUGGCGGUGGCCAUUCCGGCGGCGGCGGCCCCAGCGGCAGCGGA